AUGUCUAAAAUAUUAAUUAAUUGCAAAUGUGUGGUCUGUGGAGAUAAGGCUCUAGGCAACAAUUUUGGUGUCAUUACCUGUGAAUCGUGCAAGGCCUUUUUUAGACGAAAUGCACACAAAAUUAAUGUAUUUGAGUGCCUUUUUGACAACAACUGUGAAAUCACUUCAAAGACCAGAAUAUUCUGCCGGACGUGUCGUUUGAAUAAGUGUUUUGCUGUCGGAAUGAAAAAGGAAUUGGUAUUAACUGAAGAGAAUAGGACUAAAAGGAGGCUUAAAAAUGAGUCCAAACGUCAGCAACAAAUGAAAUGUAGUAAAAACACUGAAAGUCUAUCAGAUAUGACCGUCACCUCCAGCGGUGAUAAUGUCGGCACAAGUGAUGGUCAAACACCUCGUGAUAACAUGAGUAUUACACGCACUGAAGACAAUAUUACAUUAGAUGUGGUCAACUAUAACCUCACCAUCGCUACCAUCAGCCGACCCAUCGAUGACUACAACCCGAAGACAUUUAACGAGAUUGAGUUCAAUCACAUCCGGGAACUGUUGUCUGCGACCAAUCAUUUACAGCUACAGAACGUACCGAUUAUUACAUCAAAUCUCAUUUCUUAUGAUCAAUUCAGAGAAGCGUUAAUUUUUAAAUGCGAAAGCGAUAUACCCUUAUAUGUAAACAUGGUCAAACAAUUGCACGGCUUUAACAAUUUGUGCGAGAGUGAUCAGAUUAGCUUGUUGAAACACGGGCUUGUGGAAAUGACCGUGUUAGGAUUUACUGUAUAUUACGAUAAGUCAAGAACCUCUCUGAGCAGUGGUCCCGACCAUUGGGCUCCGCGUAUGCGUCGGCUCUGCUUUUGA